GUGUCGGAGUCGGUUGCCAAGACCAUCACAUCCAAUCACAACACGCUGCUCAAGAUGCUGUCAUCCAUGCAGGGCGAGGUGGCAAAACAGUCCAGCGCCAUCGAAAGCCAGGUUCAAUCGGCUAUCGCGCCCAGACUCGACUCGCUCAACAGACGCCUCCAGGCCCAGCUCGACGAGCAGAAGCGCAGCAUUGACGCCCUCGAGGGUCGAGCGGACGAGCAUGACAAGUCCAUUCAAGAGCUUCAAGACCAGCUGGCAGAGCUUCGUCGCCAGAUGGCCAUCGCCGAACAGACUCCGAGGAAGCAGCUGGCUGCUCCCACCUCAUUUGACCGCGAGGAGGACACCACGAUCGUUGUUGCCGUCUCCCAGCGUCCAACUACCUUGGCGUCAGUCGUCUCUUCGUUACGCCCGUGGCUCAGUGAGAGUGGUUUCGAUGAUGAGCAAUACGAGAUCAAGCAGAAGGGCGAGUCCCCUGCCAGGAGGUUCGAAAUUUGCUUCUCGGGCUCGGCCGCCAUCGCCUCUCGCCGAGCCAGUAAGGCCACCUCGCUCCUCAAGGGACCCAACGGCUGGAAAGAGUUCUGGGUCGACCCGCCUGGCGCCGAGCGGUGCCGUUUGCACCUCGGCCCCGACAAGUCCCCCAAGCGCAUCAAGACCGAGGUCACCCUCCGCAAGGCCAGGGCGAUCAUCGAGCUGCAGUAUCCCGGCAAGAGGUUCUACUCGGACCGCGAGCACGGCGUCCUCUCCAUCGGGUGGGACAAGAUCAUGCAGGUCAGCGUCUUCCACGGCGACACCCCCCCGAAGAUCUACUGGGACUCGGCGCAGCUGGCCAAGCACGCCAUGGCGAUCGACACGCUCCGCAAUGCGGUCAAGGAGGUGCACCAGGACCACUGCCAGCUCGUCUCGUUCUUCCGCUCGAUCGCCUCGGGCCUCACGAUCCACUCCAGCUUCACCUCGGACGCAGAUGACGGUCAUCGGCGGGGUGGGGUUGCCGUGGUGCUCCCGCCGCUUGCUAGUCAGGGCCCGUCUGCUCCGUCUUCGUCGUCUACUGUUCUGGUGCCUGGCCGAGUGAUGCUAGUCCGAGUUUGGGAUGACUGCCGCACGCUCGACAUUUUCAACGUUCACAACCAUGGACUGUCCGCCCAGCAAGUUCGUGAAGUCGCUGCUGCGAUACGUGCAUCGCAACGUGCUGCCGCCCUUGACCCCGACAUGUACACCACCUUCGUCCUCGGGGACUUCAAUUUUGCCACGCACGAGGCUCUCGCGCUCGCUGCCCCCGCGGCGGCCGUGCGCAAGCUGUCGAAGUGCCACCAUGUGCAGGCACCCAAGUGGCGCCAGGCCCUCGCCCUGCUGACUGAGAUCGCGUGCGAGGACCCCACGCACUACGAGAAGUUCAACGACUCGUGCGCGACGAUCGACCGCGUAUUCUGUUCGAUCACGGGCUGGCAGCUCUGCCAGCUGUUUGUCCAGAUCGGCACGCUUGGCUCGCCUGCGGCCGUCUUUGGCAAAAAGAUUUCCGACCAUGCUGCUGUCGUUCUCUCGCUUGCCUGCCGUCCACCUCGUCCUGUGGAAUCCCGCCCUAUUCCCAAGCACCUGUUCUCUGAGCCUGGUUUCAAGCGUCGCCUGGAGGGGCUGUGCUCUUGCAUCCCGUGGGACUCCAUGUCGCCCCCGUUCAAGGUUGAAAAGUACAAGGAGCUUUUGAAGAUUGCGGCCGCGGAGACCAGGGACGCCCUCUUUCGUGACAGACCACAUCAUCCCCGCACUUGCCUCCUGCUUGCUCGUGCCCUUGCCCGUGUGGUAUGGAGGCAGGACGUGCGCAUGGCUUCCAGGCUCCAGGACUCCCACCCCCUGGCCAUAGACAUGAUAUCGGUCACCAACGGGAAGGUCGAGAUCCGCCAUCCACCCUCUUUCCAGGCUUGGGUCGACCAGGUCCAGACGGAGGCUGCGGAGUCCGCGAAGGGCCAGGAGUUGUUUGCGAACACUAGUGACACGAUCCAGAUUUUUCUGCCCAAAAACGUUACGGACUUGGAGCUGCGCGACGCCAGCUGCUCACGCUCUCCUGACAAGGUUCGGGUCCUGGGCCUCAGGAACUGUGACUUGAAGCUCAUCUCGUCCACUGUCAAUCGGGCGAUUCGCCCCGCCCUGAUCUCCCUUGCCCCGCCGUGCCAGCGGGGUUUCAUACCGGGUAGGAAUUUCGGCAACAACAUCCUCGAGCUCGACGUGUCGUCUCGCCAGAUGUCGAUCGUGCCCCACGGGUCCUCCGAUAUCCCUGUGCUGUAUUCCCUGGACUUCGGCCAAGCCUUCCCGUCUCUGAAUCAGGACUUCCUCAUUCUCUCCCUCAGGGCUCUCAAGCUGCCUGACGCUUUCGUGUCCUUCGUCGCGUUCCUUUAUGCUUCGGUGGAGGGGGUGGUCUCGCACUUAGGCUCGCUUGUGCACAUCUUCUGGACCCAGAGCGGCAUCAUCCAGGGCUGUGCCCUGUCGGGCACUCUCUAUGCAUUAAGUACGGCCGUCUUCCUGGUCGACCUGGCGUCUCGGGUGGAGGCCGCUGGCCUUGGCCUGGUUCGGGCCUGUGCUGAUGACAUUGGGGGUACGCUAUUGUCCAUUCGGCACCUUGUUCAGGUUUAUCAGGUCAUGAAGCUGGCCUCGGACAUGGCCAACCUCGCUCUGAAGGUCUCGAAAUGCAAGAUUGUCCCGCUCUCUGACAGGUUCUCGCCCAGCCUCUCUACAGCAGUCUCCCAGUGGGUUUCCCGCGUGGUCCCCGAAUGGAGCUCGUUCGAGGUGGCCCCCAAGCUGCUCUACUUGGGCCUCUGGAUGGGACCUGCUGUUGUUCCGUCCACGUCGUGGAUUGACCCCGUCGCCAAAUUGCGUCUCAGGGCCCAAGCCAUUGGGCGGGGAACCACUCCCGCCAGCCUUUCCGCUACACUGUACAAUACGCGGGCCGUCACGACAAUAUCGUACGUUGCCCAAUUCUGCUGGCCACCAGCGUCUGUGUUGCAGCCCGAGUUGUCGACGCUCGCGCAGGUGUUCCGCAUUCCGCUCGGCACCUUCGCCCUCGACCACUGGACGCAGCUCGCACUGUGGGGCGGCCCUCGGUGCACGCGGUGGGGGCACCUGGCCGCUGCCACCAUCUCGCGGGCUGCGCUGCACACGUUCCCUGCCUGGGAGGCGCUUCUCCAGCAGCUGCGGGACCACGCGAGCUCUGCCCCGUACGAUGCCACCCUAUCCAUGCUUGCGUCAGGUAAGCCGUACCCGUCCUUCUGGCUGGCCCCCGCCUUCGUGGAGAAUCUGGAGCUGGCGGCCGCGGGCACCCCUCCUCCUGGCCCUCUGGCUGUCUUUGGGGCUCGAGCUGCCGACGCUGCGCUGGCAGAACUGCGUGAGGGUGGCCGUCCUCGCCCUCGUCCUCAGCGUGCGGCGCAUGUCGCUCUGCGGGACCUGGCGUGCCUGAACAAGCCGAUCACCGACCUCUUCGUGCUGCGCCUGAGGAAGUUUGCAGGCAGGUCUGCGGGCCUCCUUGCGCACAUCGACUGGGGCGUGUUCAAGAGCGUCCUCGCCCGCUGCCCGUGUUCAUGGGCCAUGGCUGUCUUGCGCACCUGGACGGAUGGGUGGAUGACCUCGGCCCGUAUCAUCUCGCCUGAGGGGCAGAAGCCGUGCGUUUUUGGGUGUCUUGGCAAGCUCGACUCGCUACGUCACUACGCGAGAUGCCCAGUCAUGCACCGCGCCCUGCGGCAGGCCCUCGCGAGACCGUUCCCGCUCCCGUGGAUGACCAGAUGGGGUCUUUCUGAUCCCUCGCUUGCCACCUUCUCGGCCAUGGCGGCCGCCUACAACAUGUACAACGAAGCGAGUUGCGCUCUCGCGGGUGCACGCUCGAUGCAGCUUGCGUCACCGAUGAAGUGCACGGAGAUCGACCGCGACCAGCUCGUGUCCUGCGACGCCGCUGGCUACGUGCACCCCAUCGGCCUCGCCGACAUCCUCCCCGCCUCCCUCCGCGCCCCCGUCGUCGACGCGAUCCACUUCAGCUCCGAGGGCGCCCCCCUCAUCGCCAACGGCGUUGCGAGCUUCAUGGAUGGCGGCUGCCUCUGCGUCAGUGUCGCCGACAGCCACAAUUUCGCCCUGUGCACCGGUGUCGCCGUCCCCGCCAAU